CCUGGAGGAACUAUAGAAAAUAUAUCUGCUCGUUGGGGCCGCAAGGCAACGACCAUUAGUUUUUCUGAAACAUAGCAUCCCAUUAUACAGUGGAUUGAGGCCAAGCCAGGUCCACAAAAGAGUGCACAUAAGAUGGAAGCUGUGCACACCCAUGGCGUCUGGGUGGCUGACAGCCUCCAGCAGAAGACGAUGAGCCAGGAGAAGCUAUGGCUGAUCAUCACGCAUAUGGGGGACCCCAAAGCAGCCUUUCUGCUGAUCUUCCCGCUGACAUACUUCAUCCACAGGCGAACUGGGACCACCGUGCUGUGGGUGGCGGCGGUCUCAGAGUGGCUGAACUUGGUGUUCAAAUGGUUUCUCUUUGGAGAAAGACCAUACUGGUGGAUAGGUGAAUCCCGUUUAUUCGUUAACAACCACCCCCAAGUUAUUCAAUUCGCCUCCACUUGUGAAACCGGCCCCGGCAGUCCCUCGGGUCAUGCUAUGGUGACUGCAGCAGUGUGGUGGGUGAUCGUGUCAGCGGUGGGCUCCUCUCUGUACUCCCGCACCCGAAGUGUUAUCUGGACAGCACUUCCAUACCUUCUUUAUAUUACCUUGCUCGUUGCUGUCGGACUGUCACGCAUCUUCAUCCUCGCCCAUUUCCCUCAUCAAGUUGUCGCUGGAUCAAUUACAGGUUUUAUUUUGGGGGUCAUUUUGAACCCUCGGGCUCCUGAACAGCGACCCCUGCUUUUUUAUGUUGGUUCCAGCCUCGGUCUGCUCCUCACUGCUCUGCUGAUGAAAAUUGGACUGGAAGAGCUGGGAUUCGACCUCUCAUGGUCCAUUACUUUGGCCAAGAAGUGGUGCGCACAUUCGGAAUGGGUCCGGUUGGACUCCGCCCCGUUUUCCUCUCUGACGCGGGACUGCGGAGCCAUCCUGGGCCUGGGACUCUCCCAGUACUGGAAGCCCAGGGGGUGGCCUCUUCCCUGGGCAUCCCGAGCACUGUGUCUGGCCCUGUCCUCCAUGGGGCUGUACCACAUCAACCGCUUCCCACUCCCCGUUCAGCCGCUGCCGCUGUUCUACGGACUCUUCCUGCUGAAGUUCCUCCUGGUGCCUCAGGUGGUGAUGGUGGUGGUGCCUGCUGGGGUUCACCUGCUCACGAGCAAAAUGAAGAGGGACUGAAAUGUGGAGAGCAAGGGGAUGUGUACCGUCGCUAGCAGCUAUAGCAACAACUCUGGCGUUAAACCUCCUUGAGAGGAUGCUUUUAGUCUCGAGCUGUUUGAGCUGUUCCUUUUUCUCAUCUUUUUUUUGAACCACAAAUGUGAUAUUGGAUUCAUGUUAUUCAAUUAUGCAAAUGUUUGCGUCUGUGUUGGUCUAUUAUGUUGGUUCACGGGUUUCAAUAAUGCAAAACUCUACUUUGGUGUUCAAAGAUUAUUAUGCGAUGGUUUACUGGUUUCAUUUCCUUCAAUGACGCUAAUCUUUACUUUGGUGUUCAAAGACUGCUAAAUGUUGUGUUUAACAGGCGCAAAUGUCAUUUCAUGUUUAGCCUUAAAGGGACUUCAUUCAUUUCAGCCAAGCAUGGGAAAGGAAAAUGCCUAUGCACAAGUGUGUGUGUGUGUUCUACACAAGUCAAAAUGUAAAUAACUGACAUGCAGGGUGUGACAGUUGGUAAGCAUUUAUAAAUGUUUCUUUUUGUUCCAGUACAUACUGUGUGUUGACUGUACAGAUUACAAUCAUUUAUCAUGAGAUAAAAACACAUUCUUUUUA